AGGACAAGGAUCUUCGAUGCGGUCGCAUCACUUGGCUCCUGUGUCUGGUGCAUGUUUGCAACCUGAUGUUGUCGGACAUUGGCAAGGAUGGACGAGAUGGUGUCAUUGGACACAGGGAGGACACGAUCAUCAGAGCAAGGGCGGUCGUGCAAUUCAUUCGGUCACACGGGGCCGCCCUCGCCCUUUUUAGGCGAUUAUCCGCACGUCACUCUGCCAAAGGGCAGACAACGCCGUCAUCGGCUUCUAGCGGCACCUCUGGUCGCGGUCGGGAGCUCAUUUACCCGGUGCAUACCAGAUUCGCUACACAUUACCUCAUGUUAGAGCGACUGUUGGAGCGACGUUACGCACUGGAGGAGAUGACUCGAAUGAUCAGCGACGAGUGGUUGCGACAGCCGUGGAGACGGAGCUUGUGGCUUCAGUCGAGGUGGGUGCGGCAGCAGGUCAGAUUUGCUGCGUUUUGGGACGACGUCGAGGACAUUGUGGAGUUGAUGACACCUGUGAUGCAGUUGUUGCGCAGACUCGACCGUGGGGGGCGCGUGAUGUCACGCUUGUGGUCAUGGUCGGAGAGGGUCAUUCAGAGGGUUGCUCAGGCGCCUACCCGACGCACCAGCCGUACAGAGUUGGACGCCCUCGUCAGAGGUUUGCAGGCGCAGAGGAGGCAUAUGUUGGAGCCUGCUCAUUGCAUGGCCCACCUCCUUAACCCGCGGCACAGGAGUAUUGCAUACUUUGAGGGGGCGCGCAGGACAGACCACGAGAGGGAGUUGGCAGAGGAGGCUGGCAUUUACCUUCGUCAGCAGGCAGGACCGGAUUGGCAGUUGUACCAGGAUUUGAGGACAGCUUUGAAGGAGUUCCACAGUCGAGAGGGCGAUUGUGCGUAUGGCGGUCGCGACGGGGACCGAGAUGCAGAGACUCGCAGGGGGGAGAAGGAGACAUCGGCGGUUGCUCAGUGGUGGGUGCAGUGGGGGGACGGUGUCCCUUUGUUGCAGAGUAUCGCGGUUCACCUGAUGCACACGUGGACAUGUGCCUCUCCUGCUGAGAGGAACAAGGCUGUCCACGAGCGCGUUCAGGUGAAGCGGCGAAACAAGCUUGGUUUUAGCAAGCUCACUCGUUUGAUGGAGAUAUCCACCAAUAUGAGACUGCUUCGAUGCCACACGAGGGGGGUGGGGUACGUUCUCCCAUGGGAGGACGAGGACGUCGUCACGGAGGAGGAGAGAUCGGAGCCACGUGACUCGGGAGUCCGCCCUGCGGACAAGGUUACUGAUGAGCAGCUGGACAGGCAGGUUGCAGUGGUGCGGUCGGGGGGAGUCACCGAGGGUUGUCUCACCAGGGUGACCGACAUGGGGAGGGCACAGUAUCGUCAGCAUGAGGCUGCCGCGGACCAUGUGCAGGACACAUUCAGGGCCCGCUCCCCUGUCUAUCGGUACCUGGUUGUCGCCCAGAAGGUCGACAAUAAGGGGGUCAUGAUGCUCCGUUGCACGUUUUGCAACAAAGUUUUCCAAGGGACCCAGUUUCAAGCCACGAGGCACUUCACGCAGACAAACUACUGCAAGGACAUCAGCGACGAGGCGUUGUACGAGAUUGCUCGACGGACUCAACAGAAGUUCGAGGCCGAUCAGAUGGAGAGGGUUGCGCGGUAUGCGGCGGAGCGCGGACUCGAUGUGCCCGGCACGGGUGGUGCAAGGGGAGGAGAGGCGGGGCGGCGUCCGACGGAGGGAGGGGUCGAGGGAGAUGGUGGGCAUGGUGCGACAGACCUCACUUUGGGUGGUGGAGGCGGUGAGACGGAGGAGGGCGUGAUCCACGUGGAUUGCGAGGCGCGUGGUCCGGGUGAGGAGGGAGUCCCGGAACAGGAGGACGUGCCUGAGGUUUAUCCAGGCACUGGCGAGAGGUUGGAGGACUGGCGGAGGCGAGCAGGCAAGGGAGCUGCAACGGAGGGGUCUUCCAAGAGGAAGGAAGGAGGGAUUGAUCCGUGUGCCACCCCAGCAGGGAAGAGGCUUCGCCAGCAGAAGGUGACUGAUGUCUACGGUGGCGAGUGGGUUGCUCGCCACAAGAAGGCAUUCCUUCGCUGGUUGUAUUCCAGCGGGGUCUCCUUCAAUGCCUUUCGCAACCAGGCGUGGAAGGCAUAUCCGCAGGUGCUUCUUGAGCAGCCUGGCAGUUCCCCGCGUGCAGUGCUCCCCAACCACUGCGAGAUUGCGAGUAUGCGAGCGGUGGAAACCCACCGUGCGGAGUUGGCGGAGGAGUUGGAGGAGGUGAGGCAGCCAUUCUGGGUGACUGGUGCCACCCUCCUCUCCGAUGGGAGAAAAUCACGAGACGGGAGACCGAUCGUGAAUUUCCUUGCUGCUGGCUCUCGAGGGGUCGUCGUGUACACGACGAUCAAUCGAGAGGGCGAGGCGGACGAUGCACCGCACGUCCUUCAGAGAUGGGUUACCAUCUUCCACGAGUUCAGCUUCGGCGGGCCGCAGCGGAUAAAUGCGAUAUGCACUGACUCCGCUUCUGCCUAUGUCGAGGCUGCGAGGGCAUUGACCUCGCCGUCCAUGCCUCCUGCACUGAGGAGGAUCACUUGGCUCCCGUGCUCCGUCCAUGUCUGCAACAAAUUGUUUUCAGACAUGGGGACGAGUUGCGACGCGUUUGUGGACGCGAUCACACGCGCUCGUGUGCUGGUGGUGUUUUUCAAAACCCACCAGACCGCCCUUCAUUUUUUUAGGACGCGCAGCCCCGACAAGGGGCUUAUUCUUUCUUGCGAGACGCGGUUCGCGUCUGUGUACUCCAUGCUGGAGAGGCUGUUGGCCCUGCAGGACACUCUGCAGGACAUGAUGCGAGGGGACGACGCGCGGGCUUUUGCUUCCAUCCCGUGGUCCGCCGAUGUGUGCGUCAUGGCGCGUUGGGUGCGCCGACAGAUCAGAUGGGAUCCAUGGUGGCAGAGGGUGGCCACCAUCGUCCAUAUCAUGCAGCCCGUCAUGGAGUUGCUGAGGCGGAUGGAUCGUGGAGGACAGUACAUGUCCCUCAUGAUCGAGUGGACGCAGGAUCUUGUCCGUCGUGUCACGGUCGCAUGCGCCCCUUUGGGGAAGUCGUUCGCCGAGCGGAUCAUCAGACGUGUGCACGCUCGCACACAGCACAUGCUUGAGCCGGCUCACUGCGCAGGGUUCUUACUGAACCCCCGCAGGCGACACAUUCGCCACUUUUCGGGGCAGGUGGAGCGGUACGAUGCUUGGCUUGUGGGGCAAGCCAAGAGGUAUAUUCUGACGCAGACGGGAUUCGAGUUGGAGGGUGCGGAGUACAUCCUUGCAUGUCGGCAGUUUGAGGACUUCCACAUUCAGCAGGGCAGGUUCGGGGAUUGGGGAGGGUCGGAGGGGCGUGCUCGUGGGCGCGCGUGCAGCGGCGACAGCGAGACGAUUGAGUGCGCGUCUUGGUGGUCUCAGUUCGGGUCGGGCGCGCCAGAGUUGCAGCGUUGCGCUCUUCGGGUGAUGCACAUGUGGUCUUGCGCCUCUCCAGCGAAGAGGAACUGGGCAGUCCACGAGGGCAUUCAUACGAAGAAGUGCAACCAGUUGGCCUUUGAGAAAGUCGUGCAACUCGUUGAGAUCACCGCAAAUGUGUGGUUGACUGAGAGGAUGACGGAGGAGGAGAUCGCCCGUCAAGUUGCACUUAUUACCCGGGAUCCCAUCGGGGCGUCCGCACCACCCUCGGCUGAUGCCGUUUUCGAUAGACGUGAUUGCAUUUUUCGUCCCUACCCCAGGGAGGACGACUCAGACGAGGAGUCGAUACCCCAGGCGGAAGAUGACCCUGCGCUCUGCAUUCCUCGGGAGAUCGACGAGACGCACGACAAUCCCGACUUCGAGGAGACAAGGGCACACACUGCACGACGGGCGGCGGAUCGGGCGGAUAGGGAGAUGCUGGGGGGAGACGAGGACUUAUGGGGCCCAUUCGGUGAGGUCGCUUCCACUGGCGGCCCAGAGGCGCAAGCGACGACCCCCACUCCGACGAGGCGGGAUUCGUCCAUGCCGCCACCUCCUGCUCCGAGUCCUGCACCACCAUCGCCCGUCUCGCCACUUCAGCCGGACAGGGAGGAGUUGGGGUCUUCUUUGCCUCAGCGCGGCCUUCUCCAAAGAGGCGGGGCAGAGGAGGGGGCACCUUCGGCAGCAGCAGUGGAGAGUUCAGCGGCACCAGCGGCGGUGUCGGAUGCGACGAUCGCAGCCGCAGUGGAGGAGAUAGCAGCAGCAGCAGCAGCAUCAGUGCUGGAGGAGAUGGCAGCAUCAGUGCUGGAGGAGGAUCCACCAGCGACAGGAGGAGGUGCAGCAGUGGAGGGGCAGGUGGCAGCAGCAGGAGGAGCAGGUGGAGGAGCAGCAGCAGUGGAGGUUGAGGUGGCAGCAGCAGUGGAGGAGGAGGAGGCACCGUYGGCAGCUGCAGUGGAGGAGGAGAUAGCCGCACAGGCCGAGGUGCAGCGUGGGGGCGAUGACGAGCGCCUCAUGCAGCAGUUCCUCACGGAGGAGCUCGAUCCGGCCAUAGCGAGUAUGACCCCGGGUGUGGAAUGGGGGUUUGGGAUUUCAGAUUCGGAGAUGGGGACCCACUUAGACUUAGAUUUGUCGGUGGGCCUUCCACCCAGUUGCGUCGGGGCGACAUCGACGGACCGGGCUCCAUCGAGGGACGAGACGCCAGGCAGGACUUCGACGCAGACCGCGAGAGAGAGGACGGCGACUGAGUCUCCAGAUGCAGCACACGACAUCAUGGAGCGAGAGAGGGCUAGACUUUGGCAUCGACUGACCCUCAUGCUCAGGCGUUCGCACGGGCCAUGCGACGCGAGAUGCGAGGGUCGACCUCGGCCCGUCCUCGUCCUUCCCCUUGCCCGCGGGAUGAUGUCGCGCCUAGACCUGCAGUGGUUGGGAGGCCAGGUCGUGCAGAUGCAUAGUAUCAGGGCCUGUCCAUUCGACACGACAACACACUUCGACAGCAACGACGAUGAUGGAGGGUACGAGGGCAGCAGCGAGUCUGAGGACGACAUGGAUUUCAACAGAGGUGAGGGCGACGCCCCACGGAGAGGUGGUGAGGGUCCUGGAGACAUUGCUGUCGAGGAGCAGCACGCUCAGCGACGUUCUGUCAAGUAUGCGGAGGAGAGGGGUCGUGGAGGGGGGGGGUCAGCCAGGGGUGGAGGAGACGGAGGAUCGGGGGGACAAAUUCCACUUUCACCUCUAAGGGGGAGAUCUGAGGCUGGCCGCGGCCUUCCGGCCACUGCAGGGAAUUUAGCCGCGGUGACCGGCUCGUUGUCUGAUAUUUUUGGUAUGUCGAUGGGACCUCCGCCGACCGUCGGUGAUGCUGGACAAGCCCCCGUUGCCACGGGCAAGACACCCAUCAGCCAGGUUGACAUCAGAGCAAGUUUGGAUGCUGCUCGCGCCCUUGAGACAGGCGUUGCACUCGUCGCCGAGACAGAUGUUCCUGAUAGCUGCGGCACGGGGGUUCAGACGCAUGGUGUCAAGGAGGUUGAGGAGGGGGACGCCUCCCGACCCGCGCAGGGUGAUGGCGGUGUUUGCAGACCGGGACUUCGACCGAUUAGUGGAGAGGAUGACGAUGCGGAGGGAGGUGGUGGUGGGCCUGUCGGUGGAGGGGGUGGACCUCACGGAGGAUCUGAGGCAGUCGGUGUGCAUGAUGGAUGCGAGCAGGAAAGACAGCCCGCCGGUGGAGGGGAGCAGACGGAUGAAGGACGAGGUAGUGCGUCUGCUGCAGAAAUGCAGCAACGUGCAGUUGACGGACCUGGCGAGCAGGCAGUCGAUUCAGUGGUCGCCGACCACCCUGACGCGCUUGCGGAGGGUAUUUGUGUGUUGCCUUUAGGUGGCGCCAUGUCCGCUGCAGUUUUGGGGUGCGAAGGUAGAGAGGAUCCUCUUACAGCUGAUCUGCGGGGGCGGAUGGAGGAUGCCAGCCGGAGAGCUUUGGGAGACCCCCCACCAUAUGCGCCAUGUAGCUCGUCAGUGCCCUCCUCCAUGACAGGCAUCACCCCUCACUCUUGGGAUCCUAUGGAGCAGAUGGAGAGCAUCAGGGCCGCAUGCGCGGCAAAUACGAGGUCGUGGGAUAGUGGUCGUGCCGGAUCUGAGAGUCGUUCGUCUGUCACUCAAGUGAUGCAAGACAUGCAGCCAGGAUUAGCUGCCAUACCUGCAUCUAUGAGACCUCCACCGUUGCCGCGAGGGGGAGACAUUGAGGUGGAUGCAGCAGGUUGGGGUCGGGGCCGGAGUGGCGGAUCGCGUUUGGACAAUACUGGGGCCGACCCUUCGACACAGCGCAUUGCUCACGUGAUUGGUGCAUCGACACAGUGGACGGAGACCGCCACAGCGGGGGCACGUGCGCUGACCACUUCGACGGCGGACGAUCCGCCUCCGACCCGUCCGCCGGAUAGAGGAACGGCGGGCCGCAUCUUAGAGGAGGAUGUUAGGGACAGGAGACCACGCGCUCCUUCUUUAGCAGCUGGCCCGUAUUCCUCAGGGACUGACGGUUUGGAGAUGCCUCGGGGACACCGGAGGAGGCAGGAUGUUCAUGGGAUUCUGCUCAGAGACAUGGCGACGGAGGUGGAGGAGAGAAAGAGACAGAGAGUUGUGCGGGCACAGGAGGCCGCUCGCACAGGGGAGCAGCACCAAGCUAGGCGUGUGGGUGAUAGAGUUGUUGGUGGCCGGACGAGGACGAGGGUGGAUGUCGUUGACGACGACGAUUAGUUGUUUGUGUACUCUCGACUUUCUUUUGGUCUGCAUAUUAGAUGUGGCGAGUUCUCUUUCUUUUAAUUAGGACUUCUCAUUUUCAGUUAGGUGCAAUAGUUUG